AUGGCGGCCGCCGACGGGGUCGGGGAGGCCGCACAAGGCGGGGAGCCCGGUCAGCCGGAGCCGCCGCCGCCGGCCCAGCCGCAUCCUCCUCCGCCGCCUCCCCAGCCGCCGCAGGAAGAGGCGGCGGCGUCCCCUAUGGACGACGGGUUCCUGAGCCUGGACUCGCCCACCUAUGCCCUGUACAGGGGCAGAGCAGAAUGGGCUGAUACAGAUCCAGUGCCAGAGAACGAUGGCCCCAAUCCAGUGGUCCACAUCAUUUAUAGUGAGACAUUUCAGGACGUCUGUGAUUAUUUCCGGGCUGUCCUGCAGCGCGACGAGAGAAGUGACCGGGCUUUUAAGUUAACCAGAGAUGCUACUGAGUUAAAUGCAGCCAAUUACACAGUGUGGCAUUUCCGGAGAGUUCUCUUCAAGUCCCUUCAGAAGGAUCUACAUGAGGAAAUGAACUACAUCUCGGCAAUAAUUGAGGAGCAGCCCCAAAACUAUCAAGUUUGGCAUCAUAGGCGAGUGCUGGUGGGAUGGCUGAGAGACCCAUCACAGGAACUUGAGUUUAUUGUGGAUAUUCUUACUCAGGAUGCAAAGAAUGACCAUCCCUGGCAACACCGACAGUGGGUUAUUCAGGAAUUUAAACUUUGGGAUAAUGAGCUGCAGUAUGUAGACCAACUUCUCAAAGAGGAUGUGAGAAAUAACUCUGUCUGGAACCAAAGAUAUUUUGUCAUUUCUAACACUACGGGCUACAGUGAUCGUGCUAUAUUGGAGAGAGAAGUCCAGUACACUCUGGAAAUGAUCAAGCUAGUCCCACAUAAUGAAAGUGUGUGGAAUUAUUUGAAAGGGAUUUUGCAGGAUCGUGGUCUUUCCAAAUAUCCCAAUCUGUUAAAUCAAUUACUCAACUUACAGCCAAGUCACAGCUCUCCCUACCUAAUGGCCUUUCUCGUGGAUAUCUAUGAAGACAUGCUAGAAAACCAAUGUGACAACAAGGAGGACAUUCUUAAUAAAGCAUUAGAGUUAUGUGAAAUCCUAGCUAAAGAAAAGGACACUAUAAGAAAGGAAUAUUGGAGAUAUAUUGGAAGAUCCCUUCAAAGCAAACACAGCACAGAAAGUGACCCACCUACAAACGUACAGCAAUAAUACCAUCUCGACGAACUUGAUGGGAUGCUUUUAUUUUUUAAAGAGACUCUAAUGAAGGAGUUAAAAACUAGAGCGAUCAUUCCCUUUGCC